UUGCUUAGCUGUGUGUCACGUGACCUCGAGUCUGUCCACAACAGACUGGAACCCUUCAGCACCGUCUUCCCUUGGAUCAGACCUGCUACCGAGAAUACGAAAGCACGAUGGAGAACUACAAACAGUUUCUGGUCAUCUUGUCGUCCGCCGGCGUUGUUGGUGUGAUCGCUAUCAUUUUCGUGUUAAGAUGGAUCCUUUAUUAUCAACGGGGUCUGGCGUGGGACGGAGGACUGGCGGAGUUCAACUGGCAUCCGGUGUUGAACGUGUGCGGGUUUAUCAUCCUGCAGGGUCUGGCCAUCAUCGUGUACAGACUCCCAUGGACCUGGAAGUACAGCAAACUUACCAUGAAAUUUAUACAUGCAAGCUUGAACUUGGCGGCCUUCAUUUUUGCUGUUGUUGCUACAGUGGCGGUUUUUGACUAUCACAACGCUGCCAAAAUCCCCAAUAUGUACAGUCUGCACAGCUGGGUGGGCCUAUCAGCUGUAAUACUCUAUUGUCUCCAGCUGGUUCUCGGGGUCAGCCUGUAUUUGCUGCCAUUUGCGCCCAUGUCCUGGAGAGCAGCCCUUAUGCCCGUUCAUGUCUACAGUGGCCUAUUCAUCUUCACCUCCGUUAUAGCAGCGGCACUCAUGGGUAUCACUGAGAAACUUCUAUUUGCCCUAACCAACCCAAAAUAUAAUAAUUCGCCCCCUGAGGCAAUUUUUGUCAACGUUCUGGGACUCCUUCUCGUGCUAUUUGGAGGACUAAUCCUUUGGAUUGCCACUCGACAGUCUUGGAAACGGCCAAGUGACCAGACCUUGCAUACUCUGCAUUCCAACGGGGGUGGUGAGGAUGACACAAAAGUGGGUCCGGCCCUGUCUCAACUCUCAGAUGGAGCAGAGGGUGACGGCUUUGGGGAGGUCCGCAGGAGGAAUAAUGCAUUUGAUGAUCAGGUCAACUGAAUUUCAAUAUCAACUGGAAUUUAAAAUGAAUGUACACUCCUUUUUUUUACUGCUCACAUAUGCUGGAUUUCUUUCUUAUUUGAUAUCUAUGUUUCAUAUUUUUCUUAUAUAUGGUAGAUGUUGCAAUACGAUCUGAUUGUAUGUAAACAGGAUUCGCAUAUACCGAUAAUCAACCAACUCCUCUAAUUCUCCUGCAUUUUUCUGUGUUGAAAUUAUUCAGAUACUAUGAUACAUAUUUGCAAUAAAUAUUUUUGCGGAUUCUGAUUUGGCUCUCUCUCAUGACUGUGGAAUAUAUCUGACUGGAUUGUCACAGGUCUUUUUCCAAAGUUGUCAAGCGAGUACAAAGUCCUGAGUCAUAUCUUUUUUUACCCCUCCUCACCUUUUCAACUCUCUCCAUAACAUGUGCCCAUUCCGGGUCAAAAACGAGGCACUCUAAAGCCACCACGUCAGAAGACUUUCCGAAAAGAAUAAACAAUUCUUUUGCUAUAUCACUGUAUACCAACUGGUGCAAACGAAGGUGCUCAAGUUCUUAUAAAGUGGGGGAGAGGCAAUUUACGCCGAACCACGAGUGCAACACUUGGUCACGUUUUAACCAGCUAAAGAUAAUCACAACUGAAAUGGUGAAAAACAGUCAAACCACAUAUGGUCAUAAAUGAGUACCUCAUAACUUUCUUUGCACGUUUCUAUUACAUGUAUAGUGUAAAUUGCAAAAUUAUG